AUGUCAGCUUCCUGCUCUCCUGAAGGCGCCGUCGAGGCUGGACACCCGCUGGACGCUGAGAAAGCUUCUGGAGGUCAAGAUCAUGCAUCUUCUGGCGUACCAGCACUGAUCGUUGAUCCUGAUGAAUCGGGUCCUCGAUACCCCUACCUCAAGGGGAUCCCUCUGUACAACCUCACCACAGCUCUGAUUGUCGGGAUGCUACUUCUGGGCCUGGAUAUUAAUGUCGUUGCAACAGCCGUUCCCACAAUCUCGAACUACUUUGACAGUUUCAAGGACGUGAACUGGUAUGGUUCGGCCUUCCUCCUGGCCUUAUGUGCUACGCAACCGCUUGCUGGCAAGAUGUAUACCCUACUUCCUUCAAAGUAUCUUUACGUCGGUUGUAUGGCCGUCUUUGAGCUUGGAAACCUCGUCGGUGCACUCUCAACGUCAAGCAGUAUGGUCAUCGCUGGCCGGACAAUUGCCGGACUAGGGGCUUCGGGUCUUUUCAAUGGAGCCGUCGUUAUUCUAACAGCGUCUUCCCCCCCUAAGAUCCGACCUCUCGUCACAGCUUUUGGAAUUUCCAUGAUCGCAAUAGGAGGCAUCGUUGGUCCACUGGUGGGGGGUGCCUUUACCCAACACGUCAGCUGGCGUUGGUGCUUUUGGAUUUUUCUCCCAUUCGGCGGCAUCACCAUGGUCAUCAUGCUAAUCCUCCGUGUCCCCGAGCAAACUACUAAGCCGCCCAUGAAGUCCCUUCUCGUCAAACUUCCCAGAAGCCUCGAUUUUGUGGGCUUCGCCCUCUUCGCCUCUUCUUGCAGCCUGUUUCUGACCGCCAUCAACUGGGGCGGGACAACCUACUCUUGGGGCUCGGCAAAAGUGAUCGGUCUGCUUUGUGGAAGCGGUGGUAUAUUGGCACUUUUUGUCGGGUGGGCUAUCUACAUGGGUGAUGAAGCACUAAUCCCACCUCGCAUUCUUCGAGAGCGAAAUCUUUUCUUUGGCUGCUGGAUCUCCGGUCUACAAGGUGGUGCCACCAUCAUGGUGGGAUACUACCUGCCUUUGUGGUUUCAGGCCGUCAAGGGAGCCUCGCCAACCGACAGCGGGGUCAUGCUGCUGCCUACAGCUAUAAGUCAGAUUGUUGGUACAAUAACUUCAGGCGCACUAGUUCGCAAGCUCCAUUACGUUCCCCCCUGGGCAAUCCUUGGCAGUGUGAUGACAGCAAUAGGAACUGGGCUUAUAACCACCUUCACCGCUGAUACGAACAGGGCAAGACUAAUCGGUUAUCAAAUCAUCGCAGGAUUUGGACGCGGUGCGGCGUUGAGCAUGCCCAUCGUUGCAAGCCAAGAAUACCUAAGCGCAGAUUCCAUUGCUAUUGCCAGUUCUGCCAUUGCCCUGUGUCAAUAUCUGACUGGAUCUGUUGCCAUCUCCAUAGCCCAGGCUAUCUUCCAGAAUGGCUUGACGCCAGCUCUGCAAAAGUGGGCGCCCGACGUUGAUCCAUCAACAAUUUUGGGCGCUGGCGCUACAGGGUAUGCCAACAUAUUACCUCCUGACCAGCUCCCUGCUGUUCGAGCGGCGUAUAAUGAAGCUUUAAUCAAGGUCUUUUUUCUACCCACAGCCACUGCUGCUGUGGCUGCUUUGCUGAGCUUCGGCUUUUCUUGGAAAAAGAUUGGUGUAGAGGACAAGAAAAUAUCCACAAGUGAGUCAGAUGAGACCCAGAGUGAGUAG